AUGCAAACUAUGACUCAUUUAUGUAUAUAUUUCAAUUAUAUAGAACUUAGUGGUUUCUCAUUCUUUUCUUCUAAAAAUACAAGAGAUUAUUAACAUCUCAUUGUUAAAACCAAAACAAAUAAUCAACCUAAAAAAAGGAAGCUACUCUUUCUAAAAAAAAAGAAAUAAAAUAGUAAUUCACUUCCACACUCCUAUCGAAUCCCAUAAAUAGAUGAUGUUCAAUAUUAAACAACCUUGUCAUUGACUGAAAGAAUAAAGAAGCGAUAUUUCUAACCUUUAAAAAAUGCUGUUGCUAAAAUCACUGAAAUUAGACAAUAAUAAUUGCCUAGAAGAAAAUCAACUUAUGGAAUAUUAUUUGGUUAAUUAACACAAAAAGAAAUGCAAAACUUUCCUACAGCUAUAGAAUAACAUAAACAAAUAAAUAAAUAAGAAUUGGCUUUAACAAGUUUUGCAAUUAUGUUAGAAAGAAAGUAAAGAAAAUAAACAACUAGAAAACUAUCUAAAAAGCUAUCCAAAUAAGAAUCUCUUGUAGGUAAUAAUUAUAAAAUAUUAUUAAAAGAAUAUGAUAAUAUGGAAAGACCUCCUUCCUGUAAAACCCCUCCUAAAAUAAUCUUGACAUCUAAACCUAAAAGCAAAUCUAAGAUUUAAUUAGAGAAAGAACGUUAUUUUAAAUGGUUAGAUCUCAAAAUGUUUCAUUUCUAAUCAAAUAAACUCUAAAAAAAUAAUAUGCCACAAUAAAAUUAAAGAGUCAAAUAACAUUUUCAAACUCAAUCUUGUGCUUCAUUAAGAAAUCUUUAAAUAUGUUCUUUUACUUCCUCUCCUCUUCUAAAAGCUAGGGCUAAAUAAAGCACAGAAGUUAAUUUGGUUCUUACAAAAUAAAAAAGUAAAUCCACUCUUAAAACAUAAAGACCUUAUAUAACACAUAAUAAUUAAUUAUAGAAAAAGAUACAAUAGACAUUUGAAAUCAAAAAUACCUCAUGGUUAAAAUAAAAUUCACUUGAAUAAAAAUUUAUUUGA